UUGUGGAAUAAUGAAGUCCAGAUUUCCCUCCUGUUGGAAAGAUGUGAGCCCAGCUCUGUGCUGCACUCAGGGCUGGGAGGGGAUGGGGGGCAGCAGCCGGGGGAGGGGGCACACGGCUCACCUGGGUGCAUGCCGCAGCCUCACCCUGCAGCCCGUCCCCCCCAGUUCUGUGCUUCCCUCCCCGUUUAUGCCCAAUCCCAUGCUGUCAGUGGGGCUUGGCUGCGCUCCUCGCUGUGACAUCCCCCCCUGACGCCCGCCUCGCUGUCCCUCUCUGCCAGGCGUGCUCCCCCUGGACUGCCCCCAGCGUGCCCCCACAAUGCCCGUGGCCACCGUCCUGCUCUGGGCCACCCUGCUGACCCUGGGCUGGCGGGCAGCCCACGGCAAGGACGGCGUGCCCCCCACCCCCAGGGUGCAGCUCUCCUUCAAAGAGCUGAAGGCCACCGGCACCGCACACUUCUUCAACUUCCUGCUCAACUCCAGUGACUACCGCAUCCUGCUGAAGGACGAGGACCACGACCGCAUGUACGUGGGCAGCAAGGACUAUGUCCUCUCGCUGGACCUGCACGACAUCAACCGCGAGCCCCUCAUCAUCCACUGGCCUGCCUCCCAGCAGAGGAUCGAGGAGUGCAUCCUAUCGGGCAAGAACAGCAAUGGGGAGUGUGGCAACUUCAUCCGCCUGAUCCAGCCCUGGAACCGGACUCACCUCUAUGUGUGUGGCACCGGUGCCUACAACCCCAUCUGCGCCUUCAUCAACCGUGGGCGCAAAGCACAGGGCUUUCCGCCGAGCCAGCCCCUCCAGACGGGAGGCCGGGAGAGCAGAGCCACCGAUGGCCCCCGCAGCCCAAGACCAGCAGAAAGCAAGGAUUAUAUCUUCUACCUAGAGCCGGACAAACUGGAGUCAGGCAAAGGGAAGUGUUCUUAUGACCCCAAAGUGGACACCGUCUCUGCAUUGAUAAAUGAAGAGCUCUAUGCCGGGGUCUACAUUGACUUCAUGGGCACUGAUGCAGCCAUCUUCCGCACUAUGGGCAAGCAGACGGCCAUGAGGACAGACCAGUACAAUUCACGCUGGCUCAACGACCCUGCCUUCGUCCGUGCCCAGCUCAUCCCUGACAGCAGCGAGAGGAACGAUGACAAACUCUACUUCUUUUUCCGGGAGAAGUCUGCAGAUGCCCCGCUCAGCCCCGGGGUCUAUUCCCGCAUUGGGCGCAUCUGCCUGAACGAUGAUGGGGGACACUGCUGCCUGGUGAACAAAUGGAGCACCUUCCUGAAGGCCCGGCUCGUCUGCUCCGUGCCAGGACCCGAUGGGAUCGAGACGCACUUUGAUGAGCUUCAGGAUGUCUUCAUCCAGCAGACGCAGGACAGCAAGAAUCCUGUUAUCUACGCUGUCUUCUCCGCAUCGGGGUCAGUGUUCAAGGGCUCGGCCGUCUGCGUCUACUCCAUGGCCGACAUCCGCAUGGUGUUCAAUGGGCCCUUUGCGCACAAGGAGGGCCCCAACUACCAGUGGAUGCCCUACACGGGCAAAAUGCCCUAUCCCCGGCCAGGCACUUGCCCCGGAGGGACCUUCACACCCUCUAUGAAGUCAACCAAGGACUACCCUGACGAAGUGAUCAACUUCAUGCGCUCGCACCCUCUGAUGUACCACGCCGUCUAUCCAGCCCACCGGCAGCCUCUGGUUGUGCGCACCAACGUCAACUACCGCUUCACCACCAUCGCUGUUGACCAGGUGGACGCGGCAGAUGGGCGCUAUGAGGUGCUUUUCCUGGGCACAGAUCGGGGCACGGUGCAGAAAGUCAUUGUUCUGCCCCGGGACGACAUGGAGACAGAGGAGCUGAUGCUGGAGGAGAUCGAGGUGUUCAAGGUGCCAGCACCCAUCAAGGUGAUGACCAUCUCCUCCAAGAGGCAACAGCUUUACGUGUCCUCAGCCGUAGGAGUGACCCACCUGGCCCUGCACCGGUGCGACGUAUAUGGAGAAGCCUGUGCUGACUGCUGCCUGGCCCGCGACCCAUACUGUGCCUGGGAUGGCAAGGCCUGCAGCCGCUACUCAGCAUCCUCCAAGAGGCGGAGCAGGCGGCAGGAUGUCCGGCACGGCAACCCCAUGCGCCAGUGCCGAGGCUACAACUCCAAUGCCAACAAGAACACGGUGGAGGCCGUGCAGUAUGGGGUGGAGGGCAGCACCGCCUUCCUCGAGUGCCAGCCCCGCUCACCACAAGCCACCGUCAAGUGGCUGCUGCAGAAGGACAACAGCGACCGACGGAAAGAGCUGCGCACAGAGGGCGGCCGGGCAGUGCGGACAGAGCAGGGCUUGCUGCUGCGUGCCCUGCAGCUCUCCGACAGUGGCCUCUACUCCUGCACCGCCACCGAGAACAACUUCAAGCACACGGUGACCAAGGUGCAGCUGCGUGUCCUGGCCGCCCGCGCCGUGCACGCCGUCCUGCUGCAAGGCGAGCUGCCCCCUGCCGCGCUGCCGGGAGCCCCAACGCCGCGCUACCAGGACCUGCUGCAGCUGCUCACCCGCCCCGAGCUGGGACUCCUCGACCAGUACUGCCAGGGCUUCUGGCGACCGCCGGCCUCCGGCCCCCCCGAGCCGCUGGCUGCCCUCAAAGCCAAGGAGCUGCAGGACCAGAAGAAGCCACGGAGCCGCCGGAAUCACCCGCCAGAGAGCUGCGGGCACACAUGAACCCCUCCCCAGGGACUUUGCUAGCACAAUGGUCUAUUUUU